AUGACUGGCCUUGGCAAGGUGGCUUCAUUCGUGCAAGAGCAAGUCAUUCCAUCGCUGUUGGAAUCAGAUGCGGUAAGCGCUGAAGAACAGAUCAGAGCGAUGAGAGAUUUGAGAGAGAGGGAAGAAGAAGCUGCCGGCACUCUCAGAUUGCAUGACGAUGCAGGAUUCGAGCUUAUAACGCAGUUGGAAUUGCCCCAGCGCCCUGAAUUCACCAGAGAACAGCCAGUCACCGAAGAAAUUUGGCGGAAGUACAAAUUUGCUGAUGGUACUUUCAAAGAUGUUCAUCCGUUGAAAGUUCUUGUCUUUCGCGGCGGUUUGGACCCAUCACUAAGGAAAGAAGCAUGGAAAUAUUUGCUUGGAAUGUAUGACUGGAAAAAGUCCACCGCUCAGAACGAGGAGGUAAUCUUUUUUAGCUACGUCAGGAUGGUAGCGGAGUAG